GCUUCACCUAUAUACCUGACAGCCAGCUUACUAUAGAGCCCAUGCUUUAAUAGAAAAAACAUGUGGCUUCCUAUACUGUUACUGCUGUUUGCUCUGAUCCUGGUGUACAGAUGGUACAGACAAAGUCAAAUACUAGAGAAUAUCUCAGAUAAAUAUGUGCUGAUCACAGGAUGUGACUCUGGCUUUGGGAACUUAGCAGCAAAACAGCUGGAUUGCCGUGGUCUGAAGGUGCUGGCUGCUUGUCUGACUGAGAAAGGUGCUGAGGAGCUGAAGAAGGAGACGUCCUGCAGACUACAGACUGUGAUCCUGGAUGUUACUGACAGUGAGAGGGUGAAGUCCACUGCAGAAUGGGUAUCUAGUAUUGUUGGAGAUGCAGGGCUGUGGGGCUUAGUAAAUAAUGCUGGGUUUGGCAUUUCAAUCUCACCAAAUGAAUGGCAAACAAAAGAGGAUUUUGCUAAAGUGCUGAAUGUGAACCUGCUUGGGAUGGUUGAUGUGACACUGAAUCUGCUGCCAAUCAUCAGAAAAGCCCAUGGGCGCAUCAUUAAUGUUUCUAGUGGUGCAGGAAGAUUGGCUGUUGUUGGCGGAGGAUAUUGUAUUUCUAAGUAUGGAGUUGAGGCUUUCUCAGACAGCUUGAGAAGAGAGAUGCAUGGCUUUGGGGUCAAAGUAUCCAUCAUAGAACCAGGUGCUUUCAGAACUCAGAUAAUUGACUAUGAAUCUCAUUUAAAGAACCUGAAGACGUUGUGGAAUAAGCUACCUACUGAGACUAAGGAGAGCUAUGGAGAGCAGUAUUUCCACCAAUGUGAGAGUAUUUACUUAUCCUAAG